GUCGACAUGGGGCCUAAAUUAACGCUGGGCGCGCUAGUAUUUGUGGUCGCUGUACUAGCCACGGUUAGAGCUCAAAAUGAUGGACGUUACCGCGCGCCAGUAGUACCAGCCAUUGCGCGCGCCCGUGCGCGUCCUACCGGAGGAGCUAAUGACGGCCGCUAUCGGCCAAGUAACGAUGGCCGUUAUCGUGGUGGCAAUGAUGGGAAAUAUGUUCAUGUAGAUGUGCCAUAUGUGCAUGAUGAUCGAGCUGGUGGAGAAUAUAAAGGCGAAAAGGAUCGUUUCGGACCGGGUGGAGGUGGCGGUGGUGGAGCUGGUGCCGGUGGCAGAGCAGGUGCUUCUGGCAGAGGCAGUGGUGCUGGACGGUUAGCAGCUGGUAGUGGUGCUCUAGGGGCGGGUGCGGCAAGCGGUGCUGGAUUAGGUGCCGCAACCACAACACGCAGACCAGCGCCUAAACCAGCGGCAUUGGAUUUAGCAGCAAAAUUGCCAAAGGGUAAAGGAACUGGCGAAGGAGGCAAUGGCUGGCGAAUCCUGCAACUAUUCGAUAAGGAGGAAAAGGAUGGCUAUCGUUAUAUCUAUGAAACCGAGAAUGGAAUUUUGGCUGAGGAAAAUGGACGCAUCGAAAAGUUGGCUCCGGACGCAGAUGGUUUGCGUUCGGCCGGAUUUUACGAGUACACCGGCGAUGAUGGUGUGCUCUAUCGUGUCGAUUAUGUGGCUGAUGAUAAUGGCUUUGUGCCACAAGGUGCACAUUUGCCAACUCCACCGCCGUAUGUAGCCAAAUUGCUGGCNCAUAUCUACAUAGUUACAUACUAA